GCUGGGCAAUAAUUACGCGAUAGCAGUUGUCUUUGAGGUGAAAGCUUCAUACCUAAUUAUAUCACCCCCAACGCCAAAGCUUCCAAGAUCUGUUGUAUGCUUCAUGGGCAGGCAAUUAUGUGUAAAGUAAUUGGAUUCACGUUAGGAAAUGGUAUCACCUCAUUCUUGAUUUUACAGAACCAGCAGGUUAAACCACUCGUAAACGCCAGUUUCUAUUCCCUUUAUGGAGUAAGAAAGAUUAAGGAUGCAUCAGCACACACCCCAUCGCCCAAGGUUUGCCCAUAUUCAUACAUCAAUAAUAUUAUAAGAAAGCCUAUUUAGUUGUAUUGCAUGUACGUCGCUGUUGAGUUGAACUUGAGGUUGCCCUUGAUAACCUUGUCUACCGCAUCCAA